UGUAAUGUGAAUAUUGUGACAUUCAGUAAACCUUAAAAAUAAUAAUAAUAAAGUGAGCUAUAUAUGGUGAUUUUAUUUAUUUAGUUUUUUUUUACUAUUACAUUCCCCGUGCUGGAACGAGCCUGAGCACAACUGAUGCAAAACAUUAAUUCAGUAUUCAUUAAGAUGUUUUCUAAAAUAAAACUGUUGUUGGAGAUUUUAUUAUGACUUAUAAGAGUUAUCUCCCAUUGGGAACUCGCCAAUGUAUGGUUGGAAACAAAAUGUCGAACUGUAAUUCAAGUGGCGAUACCAUGGAGAAAAGCGAAGAAAAUGAUAUAAAAAAUAACAUCGAUGCAGUCAACGAAGACGACAAAAAGAAGGCUGAAGAAAUUAAAGAAAAAGCCAACUCGUAUUUUAAAAAGGAAGAUUACAAUCAAGCAAUAGCAUUCUACACAGAAGCAAUUGGUCUGAACCCUUAUGUGGCAGCAUAUUAUGGCAACCGAAGUUUUGCCUACCUGAAGAUAGAGUUGUAUGGUUAUGCCCUGGAAGAUGCUACAAAAGCAUUAGCGCUUGACAGAAACUACAUUAAGGCCUACUACAGACGAGCAUCAGCUAAUAUGGCGCUUGGAAAGUUCAAGCUUGCACUGAAGGACUUUGAUGCUGUUGUGAAGGUGAAACCCAAUGACAAAGAUGCACGAUCCAAAUUCACUGAAUGCAAUAAAAUAAUAAAGAGAAUGGCUUUUGAGAAAGCUAUUGCUGUCGACGACACUUCCUCUAUAGCAGAUACGUUGGACUUGGAUCACAUGGAUAUUGAAGAUGAAUAUUCAGGACCUCAUCUAAUAGAUGGCAUGGUCACAGAGACAUUUGUCACAGAACUCAUGGAAACCUUCAAGCAUCAGAAAAAAAUACACAAGAAACAUGCAUAUCAGAUUCUUAUUGAUGUGAAGAAACUCUUCAUGGAUCAACCCUCAAUGAUAGAUAUCACGGUCCCGGCGGGCAAGAAAUUCACAGUGUGUGGUGAUAUUCAUGGCCAGUUUUAUGACCUGAUGAAUAUAUUCAAGCUGAACGGCCUGCCUUCAGAAGACAAUCCAUAUUUAUUUAAUGGUGAUUUUGUGGAUCGAGGAUCCUUUUCUGUAGAGUGUAUAUUUACGUUAUUUAGCUUUAAACUGUUGUACCCAGACCACUUCUUCAUGUCCCGAGGCAACCAUGAAAGUGCUUUAAUGAAUCAAAUGUAUGGUUUUGAGGGAGAAGUUAAAUCCAAAUUUACCUCUCAGAUGUGUUCCCUCUUCACAGAAGUCUUCAACUGGUUACCGCUUUCCCACUGCAUCAAUGGCAAAGUUUUGGUAAUGCACGGAGGACUGUUCUCCGAAGAUACGGUCACGCUGGAUGAUCUCAGGAAGGUAGACCGCAAUCACCAACCCCCAGACUCGGGAAUCAUGUGUGAGUUGCUGUGGUCCGACCCUCAACCCCAGAAUGGCCGGUCGACCAGUAAGCGAGGGGUUGGUGUCCAGUUCGGACCUGACGUCACGGAGAAUUUCAUCAAACUGAACAACUUGGAUUACGUGAUCCGCAGCCACGAAGUCAAGAAUGAAGGUUACGAGGAAAUGCAUGGCGGAAAGUGCAUAACUGUCUUCUCAGCUCCAAACUACUGUGAUACCAUGGGCAAUAAAGGUGCUUUCAUUACAAUGAAGGGAGAUAAUCUCAGGCCAAAAUAUACAACAUAUGAAGCAGUGCCACAUCCGAAUGUGAAGCCGAUGGCAUUUGCCAACUCUCUAUUUGGAUUGUUUUAAACAAGUGUGUAUAGUUAAUAUAUUUGUGUAUGUGUGUUGAGUGAAUGCAAGUGGCCAGAAGACCACUGAAUCAUCUUAUGUAGCAGUGAAAACUGCACAAGACUUCUCUGCACAGAUGGAUGCUUUCUGAACUAUAAGUUGUGCCACUGCAGCCAUCGAGACAAACAGCAAUGCAUCACGUUUUUUUAAAAGCCUUACAUUCUGAAUAUCAUUCUAGGAUUCACUCUCGCACAAAAAUAACAUUUGGAUCUUUAGAUGGAGGUGUCUAAAGCAAAUAAUGAAAUCAAAUACUUGAGAUUAUUGUGGAAAACUUUGUACAAUCAGAUUUGACCGACAUUGCUCAUUUGACCUGUUCAUCAAAUUCCAUUAACAUUUCACAAUGUCCAUUAAUUCCCUGAUAAAUAGUAUCACUAAACAAUUUAUUUAAAUUCUGGAAAAUUAUUUGAUUUAUUAUUUAAAUUAAAUUAAUUUCAUGGAAUACCUUUUAAAAAAUGACUGCUCAAAGAGUCUCAUCCCGAAAGACUAAACCUAGUCAUAUUGUAGCAUUUAUUGACUUUAAAAAUAUAUUUUUAUUUAAAAUGAGUUGUUAAUAAUUUUUAUUUGGAUGUUUUGUCAGAGAUAUUUUUAGAAACAAGCCAACAAACUACUGUGCAUAUCUCCAAGUAAGCACUGGAUACACUUUAAAACAGAUCCUACACUUGAUCUAGUGUAAAUGCUCAUUUCAGUUUCACUGAUCUCAAUAAAUUGUGAUCUCUCACAGAACACGCUGGAAAUUAUUUUGCUUUAGUCAGUUAAAAACAGAAAUUAUAGUAUUUACAUGAAAAACUAUUGAAAUAAAACAGAAAGAUUUAUGCUAGUUUUAUUCAACAGUUUUCUUCUCCAAUCUUCCACAUGGCUAAUAUUUUCUCUAUAGCACUGGUAAAUUGGCUACUGUUCUUCAAUUCCACAAAUUGGCAAAAUAAUGUCCUUGUCACAUCUGUAUUUAAUAGAUGCAAUCUUUAUCUAAAUAUUUGCCUCUCAAAAAAAAAGUUAUUUUGUUUUUGUUUAACGACACCACUAAAGCACAUUGAUUUAUUAAUCAUCGGCUAUUGGAUGUCAAACAUUUGGUAAGUUUGACAUAUAGUCUUAGAGAGGAAACC